AUGAGUCUGCUGGCAGUCAACACAGUCGAUCGACUGGAUCGUCCCAGUGCCUACUACAUUGGCAAGAAUAAACGACGCAGAUAUAACGACCGUGAUGAUGAGAAGGCAAAAGAAGAAGAUCCCACAGACAAGCUGCGUGGUGCCACUACACUCUAUGUGGGCAAUCUGUCCUUCUACACUACCGAGGAACAGAUCCAUGAACUUUUUUCAAAAUGCGGCGAGAUUAAGCGCCUAGUCAUGGGCCUCGAUCGGUUCAACAAAACCCCCUGCGGAUUCUGCUUCGUCGAAUACUAUACCCACCAGGAUGCUCUCGACUGCCUGAAGUACGUUGGAGGUACCAAGCUGGACGAACGAAUCAUCCGAGCCGAUCUGGAUCCCGGAUUUGAAGAGGGUCGCCAAUACGGACGUGGCAAAUCUGGAGGGCAAGUGCGUGACGAGUACCGCGAAGAAUACGACCCCGGCCGUGGUGGUUAUGGUCGUGCCUAUGACGAGCAGCGUCAACGGGAGGAGGAUGAAUACGGCGCCGGCCGGUAG